CAUAUACAGAGAAUAUUUUGAUACAAACGUCAAAAUUUUGUCAUCAAUUGUUUAUGUGCAGUAAAAAAUUAUUUUUCUUGAGAAAAAUGUAAAAUUUACCAUUUAAAUAAGUAAAUUAGCGAAAAAAGUUAUAAUAAAUAUGUUAACACAGUUAUAAACUAUAAGAAAAACAAAUAGUUUUUAAAAAUCGUUGUUUUUUUUUAGAAAACAGUGCAAAGAAACUUUUCAAGGUGGGGCCGGUUGACAAUUGCGACUUCCGCAAUUUAUGUGUAUCAUAAUAAAUUUGCAAAAAAAAACUUAAUUGGAAAAUAAAAUAUUUUGCACCAUGGCUAGACCAAUUUAUCCCAAUCAGCAAAAAAUUGCUGAAAAAUUAAUUAUACUCAAUGAUCGUGGUUUGGGUAUAUUGACUAGAGUCUACAACAUCAAAAAAGCCUGUGGGGAUACUAAAUCUAAACCUGGGUUUCUAUCGGAAAAGUCUUUGGAAUCUACGAUAAAAUUUAUAGUGAAAAGAUUUCCCAAUACCGAAGUUAAAGGCUUAAAUGCCAUUGUGAAUAUAAAAGCAGAAAUAACCAAGUCAUUAUCUUUAUAUUAUCAUACUUUUGUGGAUUUGUUGGAUUUUAAGGAUAAUGUUUGUGAAUUACUUACUACCAUGGAUGCUUGCCAAAUUCAUCUGGAUAUUUCGCAAAAUUUUGAACUAACCAAAAACUAUCUGGAUUUAGUAGUUACUUAUGUUUCUUUGAUGAUUCUUUUGUCGAGAGUUGAAGAUCGUAAAGCUGUUUUGGGUCUUUAUAAUGCUGCUUAUGAAUUGCAAAACAGCCAGUCUGAUCCUGGUUUUCCUCGACUGGGUCAAAUGAUUUUAGAUUAUGAAGUUCCCUUGAAAAAAUUGUCGGAGGAAUUUAUACCCCAUCAACGUCUAUUAACAAAUGCUUUGCGUUCUCUGACCACGGUUUAUCCACUGCGUAAUCUUUCGGCUGACAAGUGGCGUGAAAUGCAAAAACUUAGUUUAGUGGGCAAUCCAGCUAUUCUUCUUAAGGCUGUGCGCACUGAUACAAUGUCUUGUGAAUAUUUAUCUUUGGAGGCCAUGGAUCGUUGGAUCAUAUUUGGUCUACUUUUAAAUCAUUCUAUGUUGACUCAGUAUCCUGAUGUCAAUAAAAUUUGGAUUUCUGCUUUAGAGUCUAGCUGGGUUAUUGCUCUCUUUCGAGAUGAAGUUUUGCAAAUACAUCAAUAUAUACAAUCAUUUUUCGAUGGCAUUAAGGGCUACAGUAAACGUAUAAAUGAGGUCAAAGAGGCCUAUACAAAUGCUGUACAGAAAGCUGCACUCAUGCAUCGUGAACGUAGGAAGUUUUUACGUACAGCUUUAAAGGAAUUGGCAUUAAUAAUGACCGAUCAACCGGGCUUAUUGGGUCCUAAAGCUAUAUUUAUAUUUAUUGGUUUGUGCUUGGCUAGAGAUGAGAUUUUGUGGCUGCUGAGACAUAAUGAUAAUCCUCCUUUGUUGAAGAAUAAAGGCAAAAGUAAUGAAGAUCUUGUUGAUCGCCAACUGCCGGAGCUAUUAUUCCAUAUGGAAGAAUUACGUGCUUUAGUACGUAAAUACAGUCAAGUGAUGCAACGUUAUUAUGUGCAAUAUCUUUCGGGUUUUGAUUCUACUGAUCUUAAUAUACGCAUGCAAAGUUUACAAAUGUGUCCUGAAGAUGAAAGUGUUAUAUUAUCUUCACUUUAUAAUACCGCUUCCAGUUUGACUGUUAAACAAGUUGAAGAAAAUGAACUUUUUGACUUUAGAGCAUUCCGUUUGGAUUGGUUCCGUUUGCAGACGUAUAUGAGUGUUAGUAAAGCCGUACUACGCAUCCAAGAGCAUAUUGAAUUAGCUCGCCUGUUAGACUCGAUGGUAUUCCAUACUCGUGUGGUUGAUAAUUUGGAUGAAAUUCUAGUGGAGACUUCAGAUUUGAGUAUCUUUUGCUUUUACAGCAAAAUGUUUGAUGAUCAAUUUCACAUGUGUCUAGAAUUUCCAGCACAAAAUCGUUAUAUUAUUGCUUUCCCUCUAAUAUGCUCGCAUUUUCAAAAUUGUACACAUGAAAUGUGUCCUGAGGAGAGACACCAUAUACGUGAGAGAUCUUUAAGUGUGGUGAAUAUAUUUUUAGAAGAAAUGGCCAAGGAGGCUAAGAAUAUUAUUAAUACAAUAUGUGAUGAACAGUGUACUAUGACAGAUGCUUUGUUGCCAAAACAUUGUGCCAAAAUUUUGUCUGUGCAAUCGGCCCGCAAGAAGAAAGAUAAAUCUAAGAAACAAUUUGAUGAUAUGAGAAAACCAGGAGAUGAAUCUUAUCGUAAAACACGUGAAGAUUUAACAACUAUGGAUAAAUUACACAUGGCUUUAACAGAAUUGUGUUACGCCAUUAAUUACUGUCCCACCGUUAAUGUAUGGGAAUUUGCUUUUGCACCACGCGAGUAUUUGUGUCAAAAUCUAGAACAUCGCUUUUCUCGCGACUUGGUAGGCAUGGUAAUGUUUAAUCAGGAGACCAUGGAGAUAGCUAAACCCUCUGAGUUGUUGGCUUCUGUAAGAGCCUAUAUGAAUGUUUUACAAACUGUGGAGAAUUAUGUUCACAUUGACAUGACACGCGUAUUUAACAAUUGUCUUUUGCAGCAGACCCAGGCUUUAGAUUCUCAUGGAGAGAAAACUAUAGCUGCUUUGUAUAACACUUGGUACACCGAAGUUUUACUGAGACGUGUUUCAGCCGGCAAUAUUGUUUUUAGCAAUAAUCAAAAAGCAUUUGUACCCAUUUCCCCGGAAGGUUGGGUACCCUUCAAUCCCCAAGAAUUUUCCGAUCUUAAUGAAUUGAGAGCUUUAGCCGAAUUGGUGGGUCCUUAUGGCAUCAAGACCCUUAAUGAAACUUUAAUGUGGCAUAUAGCCAAUCAAGUGCAGGAGUUGAAGUCAUUGGUGGGUGUAAACAAAGAGGUAUUGAUUACCUUACGCACCAGUUUCGAUAAACCUGAGGUUAUGAAAGAACAAUUUAAACGUUUACAGGAUGUGGAUCGUGUUUUACAAAGAAUGACUAUUAUAGGAGUUAUACUGUGUUUCCGUAAUUUAGUACAUGAGGCUUUGGUGGAUGUAUUGGAAAAACGUAUACCUUUCUUGUUAAGUUCGGUAAAAGAUUUCCAAGAACAUUUGCCGGGAGGUGAUCAAAUACGUGUUGCUUCUGAAAUGGCGGCAGCAGCUGGUCUUAUGUGUAAAGUGGAUCCUACUUUGGCAGCAACUCUAAAAUCUAAAAAGCCAGAGUUUGAUGAAGGAGAACAUCUUAUAGCUUGUCUUUUAAUGGUGUUUGUAGCGGUUUCCAUACCCAAAUUGGCUAGAAAUGAAAAUUCUUUCUAUCGUGCCACCAUUGAUGGUCAUUCCAAUAAUACACACUGCAUGUCGGUGGCAAUUAAUUAUAUUUUUGGUGCUCUCUUUACCAUUUGUGGACAAAACGAUAUGGAAGAUCGCAUGAAGGAAUUUCUGGCUUUAGCUAGUUCUUCUUUAUUGAGAUUGGGUCAAGAAUCAGAUCGUGAGGCUACACGUAAUCGUGAAUCUAUUUAUUUGUUGUUGGAUGAAAUUGUUAAGCAAUCACCUUUCUUAACUAUGGAUUUAUUGGAGUCAUGCUUCCCUUAUGUUUUAAUACGUAAUGCUUAUCAUGCUGUCUAUAAACAGGAACAGAUAAUGGGUCUUUAAGUGAAAUAUUUGAAUAUAUUAUUAGUAUUAGUUUUGUGCUACACAAGGAAAUUAAUUUAUAAAAUUUUUUAGUUAAGUCGAAAUUUAGUUAUUAAACAAUGAAAAGAUGAAAAAGAAAACAAACUAAAACUAAAUAGUAAGUGCAGUAGAAAAGUACAGCAAACUAGUUGGCCAAAAAUAACUCCAGUGUCAAAACUAACAAAAUUAAUAAACAAUUAUUAAACUAUGCCAAACUAUGCUAUAUGCCAAAUCAUUAAAAGCUCGAAAUUUUUGAAAUUUAUUAAAAAAUUAUUCACUUUUUAUAAUAACUUUUCUCUUUUUAUAUACAUUUAAGUAUAUAAUUAAAAAAUUAUUAAAUAUAAUCAUAUCGUGUCUAAGUAAAAUAUAUAUGUCUAAAAUAAAAGCCAAAAAAAGAAACGUACAUUAACGAACACAAUUUAAAACAACAA